AUGCCGGCAAUCGAGAUGGAUCCGUUGUACUUAGAACAAUUCCAAUCGGAUAUUAAGAAUCCGUUAACUUCGUCUAUCACUACUAUCAAUCAACGAGGUAAUAAUACGCAAUUGGAUGUUCAACAAUAUUUAUGCGGUGAAUGCGGAAAGGGAUACAAGUCGAUGAGAAAUUUAACGAGACAUCAAAGUUACGAAUGCGAAGGAAGACCAAGGUUUCGUUGCAAAAUAUGUGAUGAUCAUCAUAAUCAAAUGGGUCUGGCUGGAUGGAUGAUAAAACAAAAUGAGGAUUAUGGUAUACCACCCCAUAGCUUUCUACAAAUGGUUCAAACCAUUAAUUACAAUGAUAAAAAGGAUUCACGUAAGAGAAAUAUGAAGAAUACGACUGUUAUUUGCGAGCAAUGUGGUAAAACAUUUUCAAGAUUGGACAGUCUUAGAAGACACGAAAAAAAUUAUUGCAAGGCUAAAGGUGAUCAAUUCAAUUGCGAAUAUUGUGAGAAUGUCAAAGUGGCAGGAAAUUUAACAGAGGAUAAUCAUCAUCAUCAUCAUCAUCAUCGUCACCAUCACCAUCAGCAUCAUCACCACGACGAAGAUCCGGAAAUUUGCGAUAUGCAGUUUCACGGACAAUUGACAAUGAAUUAUCUUUUGUGCGAUUCGUCGAUCUUGAAUCCGGUUGAGCCUAGCAUUGUUCAAAGUAGAACCAACAACAGUACCAGUGCCAGUACCAGUACUAGCAACAGUACAACCAAAUCCUGUCAACAAUUUCGUUGCGACGGUUGUGGUAGAACAUAUACCAGAGUCGACAGUUUGAAACGUCAUCAACAAAAGUGCCAAGAUUUGUUGGCAUUACUUCAAGAUAGUCAAGACAAUUUGGAAAGGUUACAACAAGAAUAUUCAUGCAACCAAUGCGGUAAAAGAUACAAAAGAUUGGAUACUUUGAGAAGACAUCAAAGACUUGUUUGCGCCGACAGGGAUUCCGUUCAUUCCGUCAUCAAGACUGAUAAAACUGGCACAUCUUAA